UGACUUUCUCCCCAUAUUCAUGACUCUAUUACACAUGUGAUGAUGAGAAACUAAGACCUGCAGAGAUACCCAAGCUGCACGGGAGAUAGGGAGCCACAAAAUACAAACAUAGAGCGUGCUCAUAAAUGCACUACAACCCUCAUUUAUUGCAGAAAUCUCAUUAUAUUCUUGACUCCUAAUUGCCAAUUGAGAAACAAAGAUUUUGCAUUUGCAGGCUUUGAAUCUUAACGUCCAUAUAGGUAAUAAAGUUUGAUCAGAAAUUCUCGUGAAUCAGAGGGUAUAAUAUAUAUAUAGAAGCUCCUCUGUAUGUGAGCAAAGGAUACUCGUGAUGCAGAGCUCUGCAGUUUCACGAGCUUCAUAUUCUUCUCAGAGAGCCUGGAAUGGCUCCUCAACCCAGUUUUGAAUUCUCCUUCAACCCUUCAAAUAUCCUGACAUUCCUUUCACCAAUUCAUGCUUCAGAAUCUAAAACCCAGUUUCAUAGACUCUUCACAGUGCCAUGACAAUCAUGAAAAACCUGUUCUUUUACAGUUUUUUGUACUUGGUUACCAUCCAUGUCACUGCAAGUGCUCUUCAGACUUACAUUGUUCAGCUGCACCCACAUGGUGUAACCAGUUCUUCCUUCACUUCUAAGGCUCAGUGGCAUCUCUCAUUUAUUGAACAAGCCGUUCCCCUAGAUGACGACCCUUCCUCUCGUCUUCUAUACUCCUAUCAUUCCGCCAUGGAAGGUUUUGCAGCUCAGUUGUCUGAAACUGAGCUCCAGUUCUUGCAAAAGUUGCCUGAUGUUAUUGCAAUUAGACCCGAUCAGCUGUUCCAACUUCACACAACUUAUUCCUACAAAUUCCUAGGACUAAGCCCUACAAGCUCAGGGGCUUGGUAUAAGUCUGGUUUUGGUCGUGGAACUAUAAUUGGAGUACUUGACACUGGAGUUUGGCCAGAGAGUCCAAGCUUCGAUGACAGUGGAAUGCCUGCUGUUCCUAAGAAAUGGAGAGGGAUUUGCCAAGAAGGGCAAGAAUUCAAUUCUUCAAACUGUAACAGGAAGCUCAUUGGUGCCAGAUUCUUCACAAAAGGCCAUCGUGUGGCCUCAACGCCGUCUUCAGCAAACAUCUUUCAGGAGUAUGUGUCACCGCGUGAUUCUCACGGUCAUGGUACUCACACAUCUUCAACUGCUGGUGGAGCUUCAGUUCCAUUGGCAAGUGUUUUAGGUAAUGGAGCUGGUGUUGCUCGAGGGAUGGCCCCCGGUGCUCAUAUUGCUAUCUACAAAGUUUGCUGGAUAUAUGGCUGUUACAGCUCUGAUAUUCUUGCUGCAAUGGAUGUUGCUAUUAGAGAUGGAGUUGACAUCCUCUCUCUUUCGCUGGGCGGCUUCCCAUUACCACUUUUUGCUGAUACCAUCGCAAUUGGAAGCUUUCGAGCUACAGAGCACGGAAUCUUGGUUGUAUGUGCAGCAGGAAACAAUGGUCCAAUCCAAAGCUCAGUUGCUAAUGAAGCUCCUUGGAUUGCCACCAUUGGAGCAAGCACACUUAACCGCAGAUUUCCAGCUGUAGUCAAAAUGGGAAAUGGAGAACUCCUUUACGGAGAAUCCUUGUACCCCGGAAACCAUUUCCCAAGUGCUGGAAAAAAGCUCGAACUUGUUUACGUGACAGAAGGAGAUAAAGAUAAAGGAAGUGAAUUUUGUUUCGAAGAAUCUCUCCCCAGAGCAAUAGUAGAAGGCAAAAUGGUUGUUUGUGACAGAGGUGUCAACGGAAGGGCAGAGAAAGGUCAAGUCGUAAAAGAGUCCGGCGGGGCUGCAAUGAUCUUAACCAAUACAGAGAUCAACCUUGAGGAAGACUCUGUUGAUGUCCAUGUCUUGCCUGCAACAUUAAUCGGUUUCUCAGAAUCUGUUCGCUUGAAGGCUUAUCUAAACUCAACAAGGAAUCCGACAGCUCGAAUAUUAUUUGGAGGAACAGUUAUCGGUAGAUCCAGAGCACCAGCAGUAGCUCAGUUUUCCGCAAGAGGACCAAGUUUAUCCAACCCUUCGAUCCUCAAACCUGAUGUGAUUGCACCCGGGGUCAAUAUAAUAGCUGCCUGGCCGCAGAAUUUAGGCCCAUCUGGACUUCCAGAAGAUUCUAGAAGAGUGAAUUUCACUGUCAUGUCAGGAACAUCCAUGGCUUGUCCCCAUGUCAGUGGAAUUACUGCUCUGAUCCGUUCUGCUUAUCCUAAAUGGUCCCCAGCGGCAGUAAAAUCUGCAAUAGUGACAACUGCAGAUGCAACUGAUCGUUCUGGCCAUCCCAUAAUGGACGGUAACAAACCAGCAGGACUUUUUGCAAUUGGAGCAGGACAUGUAAACCCAGAAAGGGCAAUCAAUCCUGGAUUGAUCUACGAUAUCCGGCCAGAGGACUACGUCACCCAUCUGUGCACCCUCGGAUACACAAGAUCAGAGAUUUUCACCAUCACUCAUCGGAAUGUCAGCUGCCGUGAGCUAUUACAGAUGAGCAGGGAUUUCAGCCUCAACUAUCCGUCCAUUUCUGUAACUCUCAGGCAUGGAAUGAUGCGAAAAAUGAUCAAGAGACGACUGACAAAUGUCGGUAGGCCUGAUUCCAUCUACUCAGUGGAAGUAAAGGCUCCCGAGGGAGUCAGAGUUAGAGUCAAACCCCGACGACUGGUAUUCAAACACAUAAAUGAAAGUCUGAGUUACAGAAUAUGGUUUGUAUCAAGUAAGAGAUCAGAGAAUAUGAGGGUUAGCUUCACACAAGGACAUUUAACAUGGGUGCACUCUCCCAAUGGUCAGUACAGGGUUAGAAGCCCUAUCUCAGUUACCUGGAAGUACAAGUAAUAGAAGAGUGAGAGCACUAGCAUUGCUCAUGCAGCAAAGCUCAUGUCUGGUCCCAAAUUGUUAGCAACAAAGAGAUGAUUUAUGUAGAAGAAAUAUGAUUAAUGCCGUUUGAUUUCAUAAUAUUAUGUUCUAGUUCUAGUCAAAUCUUGCACCCGAGCUUAGCUACUUAAUACAUCCGUUUAAAAUGAGAAGGACCCUACAAUAUUUAGUCAUGAGCU